GAGUCAAAUCCAGUUCUCCCAUUACUCCAUUGAGUACGACUACUGCCCAUGAAGAGCAACGAAGGUCAGGAUUCCUGGCUCUUUUGCCAAACGCCGAGUCUGCGGACAUGGGUAAUGCCGCAGCUAGCGCCGAUGAUGAAAGUCCAAUCACUACAAGCACUAAACAGCAAUCCCCAGCCAUAAACAAUCAGCUUCUAGAGGAUUAUUUCAAAAAGCAAGAGGCCUUCAAUCAAAGAAUUGAAGAACAGUUGAGGUUGGCACUGAAGGAAUGCGCCUCACAAAAGCCAACUUCUAAGCGCCUACCGAAGGACUUGACGGCCAAUGUAAGAGAUGUCUACACUAAGAUUCCAGAUAAUCUAAAAUGGGAUUUAACAAAGCGAUUUGCUGACCAGGAUCGAGAAAAAAAUGCAGAAAUCUUUGCGAGAGUGAGAAGUACAGACUCAAGUACAGCAUCAUCUUUAAUUACAAAGGCCAUGAGAGUACAUUUUAAAACAAAAAGGAGACAGCAUCAGAACAAGGUCAUGAAAAGAGACAGGAAAAUUCUUAAAGAACAAAGGAAGCGAACAAGACUUAACUUA